GCAGCUCAGAGCUCCCCAGGCCCCACGAUGGCACAGCCCCCCAGGCUCCUCGCCCCUCUCAGGCUGGGGCUGGCAGCAUUUCGCUGGCUCAGCACCCCGGCCACGCCAGGGACCCGGCUCGACCUGCGGGGCAUCUUCCCCCCGCUCACCACCCCCUUCACAGCCCAGGCGGAGGUGGAUUACAGCCGGCUGGAGGAGAACCUGCACCGCUAUGCCACGGUCCCCUUCCGAGGCUUCGUGGUGCAGGGCUCCAGCGGCGAGUGCCCCUACCUGACGCCCCAGGAGCGGCUGGCCGUGGUGAGCCGCGUGCGCCAGGCCGUGCCCAGGGACAAGUUGCUGCUGGCCGGGUCGGGCUGCGAAUCCACGCAGGGCACCAUUGCGAUGACCAUGGGCAUGGCUGAGGCGGGCGCUGACGCUGCCCUGGUGGUUACACCCUGCUACUACCGGGGCGCAAUGACCAGCGCAGCCCUGAUCCACCACUACACCCAGGUGGCAGAUGCGUCGCCAAUCCCCGUGGUGCUGUAUAGCGUCCCAGCCAACACCGGCCUGGAGCUGCCCCUGGAGGCCGUGCUCACCCUGUCGCAGCACCCCAACAUCGUGGGCCUCAAGGACAGCGGGGGCGAUAUUACCCGGCUGGGGCUGAUUGUCCACAAGACGCGGCCGGAGGAGUUCCAGGUGCUGGUGGGAUCGGCUGGAUUCCUGCUGGCUGGCUACGCCAUAGGUGCCUGCGGGGGGGUCUGUGCUCUUGCCAAUGUGCUGGGAGCCCCGCUCUGCCAGCUGGAGCGUCUGUGCCAGGAGGGACGCUGGCAGGAGGGCCAGGCCUUGCAGCUCCGGCUCAUUGAGCCCAACGCAGCAAAAAUCAUCGGUGUCUUCAAGCCCAAGAACGAGGAGCCCUACGGGCAGCUGAACCCGAAGUGGACCAAGUGGCUGCAGAAGCUGUGCUGCCCGUGCUGCUUCGGGAGAGACUGCCUGGUGCUCAACCAGGGCUACCUGUCCGAGGCCGGCGCCAGCCUGGUGGACCAGAAACUGGAGCUCAACAUUGUUCCCCGCACCAAGGUGGUGUAUCUGGCCAGCGAGACUUUCAACUACAGUGCCAUCGACCGGGUGAAGUCCAGAGGGAAGAAGCUGGCCCUGGAGAAGGUGCCAAAAGUGGGGCAACGGUUCAACCGUAUCGGCCUGCCGCCAAAGGUGGGCUCCUUCCAGCUCUUCGUGGAAGGCUACAAGGAUGCGGAUUACUGGCUGCGACGCUUCGAGGCUGAGCCGCUCCCCGAGAACACCAACCGGCAGCUGCUGCUGCAAUUCGAGAGGCUGGUGGUCCUGGACUACAUCAUCAGGAACACAGAUCGAGGCAACGAUAACUGGCUGAUCAAGUACGACUGCCCCCUGGACAGCACGAGUGUGCGGGACUCCGAGUGGGUGCUGGUGAAGGAGCCCAUCAUCAAGCUGGCUGCCAUAGACAACGGCUUGGCCUUCCCCCUGAAGCACCCCGACUCCUGGAGAGCAUACCCCUUCUACUGGGCAUGGCUGCCCCAGGCCAAAGUCCCCUUCUCACAGGAGAUCAAAGACCUGAUCCUCCCAAAGGUUUCCGACCCCAACUUCGUCAAAGACCUGGAGGAGGAUCUGUACGAACUCUUCAAGAAGGACCCUGGCUUCGACCGGGGGCAGUUCCACAAGCAGAUCGCUGUCCUGAGGGGCCAGAUCCUGAACCUGACGCAGGCCCUGAAGGACGGGAAGAGCCCCCUGCACCUGGUGCAGAUGCCGCCGGUGAUCGUGGAGACGGCGCGCUCCCACCAGCGCAGCGCCAGCGAGUCCUACACACAGAGCUUCCAGAGCCGCAAGCCCUUCUUCUCCUGGUGGUAGCCGGGCGCUGGGCUGCGCGGGGCCGGCCUGCUGCCGCGGCCUGGACUCUACGCUCCGGGAGAGGGCGGGUGCAGCUGGGGGAACCUCCAGCUGAACUCAGCCUGGGCAGAGCCAUCGAUUCCCCUUGCUGCAGGGCUUGGACACAGCCUGGCAGAGCCAGCUCCAGCCACAAACUGCCCCGCUCAGUGGGAGUCCUCAACGCAGCCACUGAGCAAGUGGAGCUGGGGCCUGCCUCCUGCGGGUGGUUCUGAGCCCGGCUGCUUCCGGCUGGGGCUGGGAUCCGCCUGGCAGCCUCUCAGGAACCCCGGCUGCUCGCUGGCUGCAGGGCCACAAAGGCACCAGUGUCAGCCACCCUCCAGGGGCUGUUUGGAGAUGGUGUCCCUGGAGAGGAGGCAUGUGCGUGGCGGGGGGGCUGGCACAGAAAUCCAGUAUGUGCCCAGGGCUGAGCUGGCAGAGGGCAGCAGGCCUGGGGUGCCCCGAACGGCUGCGCUAUGGAGUGUUUGUAGCUGCCUUUCCUGCGGGGGAUGGAGACUGCGGAUGCCCGGGAGCUCUGGGCACCCUGGCACAGGAGUGCUGCAUGCUGGGACCUGGCCCCAAUUCACAGGAAAGCUGAGGGCCCUGGCAUGGGAGCUGCUUGUUCCCCUCCCCCACUGGGCACAGGGUGAUCUCCCCUGGUUUAGCUGGCUUGUCAUUGUUCCACCCUCUCCCCUGGCUGAGGGGCCCACGUUCCCCUCUGCUCCUGCCCUCGCUGCUGGGCGGGCCCCCUCCAGGGGCACUCCCCUCUCUGCUGCACGGGCCCUGUGUGCACUUCCCGAGAGAGCCCAGCCUGUCAGGGGGGCUGGUGCCUGCUGGGUGAGCUAUGGCUGUGGGGAAGGGGGGUGGCUCCCCCUUCCCCACCCUGUUGCCGCUCCUGCAGCCAGGGCAACUUGCCUCAUGGCCACUGCCCAGGGCAGUUCUGGGCACCACACAGCUCGUCCCAGGCUGGGGCUGGGCCGAGCUCCUCCUGCGGCUCCUUAGAGGCUCCAUGGGGCCUGCCCCAAGCCCCCUAGGGUGGCCUAGCACAGGGGCUUGGGCUGUGCUGCCCCCCUUGGGGCAGGGGGGUUGUGCAUGAUCCCCCUCCAUGAACAGAAGUGGGCACGGGGGAGCCAGGCUCUGGGGCAGGGCUGGGCUGCAGGCCUUGGGGCCAUGUGCGCUGGAGCUGGCCAGGGGCUUCAUGGGCUGUGGCUGCUGCUAGUGCGCUAGAGGUGCGACUCCAUCUUUCUGGCUGCUGCUGCAACCUGACCCAAAAUGUAUCGUUCUCAUGCACUGUAGAAAUGUAUGUAAUGUAUUUAAACCCAUGCACCAGCGGAGUCAGACCUGCCAUUCUGCAUGGGGCUCCGGGGAGGGGACACCUGGGGGGGUGGGAGAGCCCCACUUGCUCCUGUCUGCCCCCGGGGCUGUGACAUGGCACUUGUCCGGCCGGGCCUGUGCCCUAGCACUCCCCCUGUCACUGAUAGCCUGGGCUGGGGGUGCUGUCUGUGCUCUAAUGCCCCAUGGAGCUACUCUCCUGGGCCCGAACCCAGCUGCAGGCGUGGGGGAGCAGAUGAGGCCAGGCUGGGGUGAGCAGGGGUGGCCCAGGGCCGGGCCAGGCUGGUGCAAGGGGCGGGCCUGGCUGAGGCUGGUAAAACAGGCCCACCUCACCGAGGCCCUAAUGCUGCAGGCAGCUGCACUGGUAUAGCUGAGCUGCUGUCAGCUGUGAGGAAUGCCCUGCAGCGAUGGGCACCUAUGGGUGCCUGCUGGGGCCUGGUAGCCGUGGGCAUGCUGCUUUCUGGCUGAGGCUAGAGCACCAUCCGUCAGGGCCUGUGUAAAGUGACCCCAUGUGCCUUCCCCCCCCAUUAGUGGGCUGGAGGGGGGUGGGAGCUGGUUGGAAGGGCCAUAGCAGUGUCUUCUACUGCCCAGGCUCCCCCCUCACAAGUGUGUGUUGGGGGGGGGGGUGAGCCCCCUUAUUGAAGUGGCUCCCAGGUGGGCUGAGCUCACAGAGAGAGAAAAGCACCCCCCACCCCCGCACUUCCAGUGUCUCCCAGCCAGCUCUUGCCUCCAGCCGGGUGCGUCCUACCUGGCUUUCCGCAGCCCCCGUCCCUCAGGAGCACAGCCAGGUCCAGGGGCUUCACGCAGUGCAAGGGGCUGAGUGGAUACUGCUGCCCCCCUUCCUGGGAUGGGGCCCAGGGCUCUGACCACACACACACA